CGUUUCAAGGGCACUUCAGGUGAUUUGCGGGUGCAGCACGCCGCUCUCUGGCCACUGCGUGAACAGAAACUCCUCACAAGACGCAAACACGGCGGUCACGUGACCAGGCAACCGCAAGCGAACGCGAAUCGUUGUCGUUGUUAGUGUCGCCUCCUCGCACCGUGUCGCCGGGGUUCGCACCGCUCGCUCGCUCGCGCGCCGGACAUGUUCCUGCUCCGGCAUGUUCGCGUUGCUCUAAUGGCCGCCGCUGCCGCCUUCGGAGCCGCUGUGUUCCUGACCAUAAACUUCUUCUACAAGAGGAGAGUGUGGACACCGGAAGACUACUGCGUCAUUAAAGAGGAGGAAGAGGAGCACAGACAGAGGCAGGUCCUCGUCCUCGGCUUAGACGGCGCUGGGAAGAGCAGCGUUCUGCAGCAGCUGAACGGCGCAUCUAGCAAAAGAAAGUGCGCCCCAACGCGUGGCUUCAACUUCAUCCGUCUCCACACACCCGCCUGCGACUUCGACUUCCUAGAAAUUGGAGGCGGUGAGGAGUUGCGUGCGUACUGGGCCGAUUUCCUGAAGAGGGCGCAUAUUUUGUUGUACGUGGUGGACUCCUCGGACAGAAGACGCCUCUCUCUGGCUAAAGAUGAACUUCACCGCCUUCUCAGCAUCGACACGCGACAGCUUCCAGUUGUAAUACUGGGAAACAAACAGGACAAGCUGGACGCCGUCAGUGUGUCCGAGCUGCGUGACGCGCUCUCUCUGGGCUCGGUGCCGGAUCACAGGAAGCUCUUCCUUCUCCAGCUCAGCUCUGCUGGAGAAUCCGAGUCCUGCAGUCUCCAGAGUCUUCGGGAUCUGCUCAUCAAACUAGAGUCCGAUCAAAACUAGCGCGAUGUGU